CAGUCCAAACCAUUGGUGGGCAACAGGACAAUGUCGGCGUACCUCAGCUCAAUGAUCGAGAAAACGAAGCCGACACAGCCAUUCCAUUUUCUUCCUGGGUCAAUAUCACCCAUUGAAGGAACUUAACCCCAAGCGCCCUUUUCUACCGCAAUAGCGACAUUCCUCUCCUUAACUAUAGCCCAAAUCCUUGGUAAAGACAGUAUAAAAUCUGUUUGAUCAUUUGUUUAUAUCGAACAGUUGCUUCUUUUCUUCGAUUAUGCAAAUAUCCAGAUGGCGAAGCGUUGUUAUAUUGAAAAACACCUUGAUUCCAAAUUUGGCAUCAUCGACGACAUCAAUAACGAAGACCCAUUUUGCUUCAAUUCAUUCUACACCUGCUUCAUGUGAAAAAUGGAAGAAGAAAUGGAACGCUGAUGUUAGCAGAUUCCAACAACCAUCCAAGAAUUACAUAAGGUAUGCAGUACGUCAAAAACGUGCCGAUGCUAAGAGAGCUCUGAAAGACCUUCUCUUUAACAGUGCUUCCUCUAAACCUUCAUCCCAGGAUGAAGAGUCUAUAUGGUCAUUUGAUUCAGAGCACUCACACGGAACUGAUAAGAAGAGGCGAUUAAAGUCUUCUUCUCGACAUCCUAGGAAAUCUCAUCAUCAGAAAAUGAAACGUAAGUUUAGGAGGGAGAGUUUUUCUGAGGACUCUGAUGGUCCUGAGAAAAUUUUUCAAGCUACCUUUGGAAAAAGAUGGUAUACUUGGUCUUUUAACGAGUCUUCUCAUCGAGGUUCAACAUUUGGAUUUGAGUGGAGAGAGCAUCCAAACUGGACAAACCAUAGAGAUAAUGACUGCGAUGCUAGAAGUGAAUCUGAGUCUGACAGUGAAUCUUGUUCUGUGGGAUCUUCUCAUGACAGAACAAUCCUUGGUUUGCCUCCAACUGGUCCUUUAAGGAUUGAAGAUGUUAAAGAUGCUUUCCGCGUAUCAGCAUUAAAAUGGCAUCCUGAUAAGCAUCAAGGCCCUUCACAGGCAAUGGCUGAAGAAAAAUUCAAACUCUGUGUUAAUGCAUACAAAUCACUUUGUGAAGCUCUGUCCUGACUCCACAGUCUAAAACCACUAGCUUUAACUCAUUUUUGCAAUCAAAAUCCAAUUCCCAUUUUCAUUCAAGCACAGCUAUUCUGGAGAUUGGAGAAGAGUUGUACUAUUAUUAUUAAAUCCAGUUGCUUCCCAUUAAUGUGCAAGCUGUUGAUUUCCAUCCACUCCACAAUGGAAGAUGUGGCCCUGCCUGCCAGCCUAUACCAAAUUGCAUACAUAUUUGAGACUUGGGAUUCUAGUAUUUCAUUUUUUUUUUCUUGCAAUAAGAUUAUUGCAUAAAGAAAGCCCAGCUGUAUCUCAAAAUUAUAAAAAAAAUAAUAAUAAAAAAAAAUAAAAAAAUAAAAAAAUAAACUAAAACUGAAAGCUCAGCCCAUACUACAAUGAGAAAGAACCCAAUACAUCAGCCCCAAGGACAGCUGGACACCGCGCAAAAUCAGCACCGCCAAAAGAAUGCAAUCAUCCCACCGGUUCAUCGACCGCAUUCCUCCGGAAAGAGAUUGCAAUCGAGAAUUCCGAAAUGCCGGUAGAAGUAGAAUAAAGAACAACCACCAUCAGAGCUUGUGCUUGUAGAAGGGACAACAAAACGAAGAAAAAGCACGGAGACCUACGACUACAAAGACGACCAAAUGCCGGUAGAAGUAGAAUAAAGAAAACCACCAUCAGAGCUUGUGCUUGUAGAAGAGACAACAAAACAGAGAAAAAGCACGGAGACCUACGACUACAAAAACGACCAACUCGGAAGCAUAAAUGCCCAGCAUACUUCAAAUCCUAUCAGCCAUGCCGAUAAAGAUACAGAAGCCGUCCAAACUUACAUCCAAAACAUUACCAAUAGAACAAAUAGAGGUUCUCUACCUCACCGUUCGCCUCUAACGAAGAGAGGGCCUGCUCAUAGUAUGGAGCCACCUGAAGGAGCCUCACCAAGUUCCGGCGCCGAGAUGUCAUCGACCUUUUUAUCACCAACAACAUGCAAACAGCCAAGACCAAAAUCACAAAUCCACACAACAAACUACGUCUAGAU